AUGGACUCGCCCAGGCCGUCCCCCAGCCCCGAGUCGGAUGUCUCGCCCAUGUCGUCAGCUCUGGCCUCGAAGCAGCCCGAAGUCAAUGCCGACUACUUUUCUUCUUCGUCAAACACGUCCAAGAGCCAGGAUGGACCAGACGCCGGAGCUGGCACCACCUCUACCGCUAGCAGCAGCGCCACCGUCGACUCUCCGCUCGCCUCGACGCACCCGCGGCGCAAGUCGAGCGUUUCCUUUCCUACCGACCUCCCGAAGUCCGAUCCCCCAGCAGCCGCAGACGACGGCUCGGAGGGAGCCGCCGGCAGGAAGUCGUCGGCUUCGUCCAUCACCUUUCGACCACCCAAGGAUCCCUCCCUUCCGCAAGGGCACCAGCGGCAAACGGGUGGCUCGCGUAUCCGCGCGAGCUCUCCGCCCUACCAACGGUUUCAGCAGCAUGUCGGCUUCGACAACCUGCCCAGCGGCGAGGCGACCAAGAACAACACCCUCUCAUUAACUCUCAACGUCAGGCACAAGGGCUACCAGGCGCGGCGCAGAUCGCGCACCUUCAUGGUCGGCGUCGACGAGCACUCAUACUCGGACUAUGCGAUCCAGUGGCUCCUAGACGAGCUGGUCGACGACGGCGAUGAGAUAGUGUGCGUCCGUGUCAAUGAAAAGGAGAUUCGCUGCAACGACAAGCAGUACCUGGAAGAGGCCAACCAGGUCAUGGAGGGCAUCCUGGCCAAGAAUGCUGCCAACCGCGCCAUCAGCUUUACCCUGGAAUAUUCCGUCGGCAAGCUACACGCGACGUUUCAGAAGCUGAUCCAAAUGUAUCAACCCGCCAUGCUCGUUGUCGGCACCCGAGGCCGGUCGCUGGGCGGCAUCCAGGGCCUCGUCAACUCCCGAAACUCGUUUUCCAAGUACUGCCUCCAGUACUCGCCAGUCCCCGUGGUCGUGGUCCGUCCGACCGAGAAGCGCAUCAAGAAGAAGGUUAAACGUGCAAACGAUUCCACUCGGCAAACGUACCUCAGCAUGCUGGCCGCAACCCACGGGCGACACGAGGCCGACAGCGAAGCUAGUAGCACCUACGAACUCGAGAUACAAAACUCGCCCGACGAGGAGGCGCACCAGGUGGCCAAGGUGCUCGGGCUGCCGGCCAAGUUUGAUCCGACCAUUAAGCCCCUCGCGUCGUCCCUGCGGCCUCGCUCGCGCCCGAGCAGUCCCCCGCCCAGCGCCGACCCCCAGCGCGCCGCCGACGCAUCGCCCACUAGCGCGGGAGGCGAAAGCUACGACGACGACGAUGACGACGACGAUGCAGAGUUUGAGGUGACGGAUGGGCGGCAGGCCCUGAACCAACAGCAAAAGCUGGCGCAGCUGCAUAAGAUGGAGGCGGGAGAGGCGGCCGCCCUUAGGCAGAGAUUGGACGAGGACGACGAAGAUGAGUCGGACAAGGCAGAGGACAAGGCAGGAGACAAGCCGGAGCAGAAAAAGGACGCUAAGAACGCAUCAUAG